AUGGUCUAUGUUGGUUCUGGAUUUUAUGCAACUACAAAUAUUGCUGAAAUGGACAUUCCCACUACUUAUAAAGAACUUUAUAAGGUGUUGAAAAUAGCAAGAAUAAUGUUACAAGUCAAG